CUCGCCAAUUUUUUUUUGAGAUUUGCACGCCAAACGCUAACACAUUUACAUUCGCUUUUUUGUUUGCUCUCAGUGUUUGAUAAUUCUACAUGUCUUGUUUGCAAAUCUUGUUUCAAAUAUGGAUACAAAUUAUGAACCAAUAUUUGAUAAUGUUUUCGAAUCCGUAUGUGAGGAAGUUGCCGAACCAUGCGAAACAAAUCAAGAUAAUUUGCCUACUUUAGCCGAAAUUUUCGAAAUAAGAGGACAAAAAAUGUUUUACGAAAAAAUUGUUGAUACAAAAUUCGUAUCAUCUUUGGAAAGGCAAAAAAUGGUGGAUUGUGUGUGCCAUUUUUUGUAUGAUCAUUAUAAUUCGUUGAAAAUUCCAACCAAAACGUUAAAAUAUUAUGCUCAAGAAUUGAGCAAAAUCAGUCAAGAUUCAGAAGAAGAAUAUUUUUGUUAUUGGAAAUCAACACGAAUUAGAGGGGGAAAAGUAUUCGAACAUCGAAAACCGAUCGGUAAAUUAUAUAAGUUUUUUGAGUACAGGCGAAGAAAGUACAAAAUCGGAAAACAAACGCCAUUUGAUACCAAACAAAAUGCUACCAUCACCGAAAUGAACGAUUCCGGAAAAAACAUUGCCGAACAAAAAAAGGAGCUGGAUUCUAUUAUUCCAAUGUUAUGCAAUAAAUCAAUAAUUGUUGACUUGUUUCGUCUAACCUAUCCAUUACGUAACAUUAUUCGUUGUACGGGUGAAGGUUGUGGUCCAAAAUUGAUCGAAGAAUAUGAAUCGUUAUUUUUUUUCGAUGGAAUUCUGAUUAAUGAAGAAUUACAAAUGAUGUAUCCUCAUUUUAUCAACUUAGAUGAAGAUAUAAAAAUCAAUGAGUUAAUAAAUAAAUGUAAAAAUUAUUUUAGCAACACUGAUGAUGAUGAUGAUGACAUUUUUCGAUUAUUUAUUUUUCUAAAAACAAAAUUAAUCAAUAAAUCGCCUAUCAACACACGAAACAAAUUCAUGGACAAUAUAUGCAUAUAUUUUGAAGAUAAAUAUGAUGGAAUGUUUUUUAAUGUCCCGGUUUAUUAAUGAGGAUUUAAUUGC